AAGCUGACACACCACAGAAGGAUGUCAAGAUGUAUAGUUAUAUAAAAAUUACACCCAUUCGAAAAUGACAGAAGACAAAAAUGAAGUUAAAUCAAAACCGAAGAACUGGUAUGAUGCCAUGGUUACUCUCAACCAAACAACAUCCUUAAAUGUUGUACUGAAAUUAGUGGAUUACCUAAUAGAGGAAAUAUACAUAGCAAAAGCAGAGUUUCCAUGUUACUAUGAUCGGCAGUUUUUUACCGAUGUGCAACAUCAUGCCAAUACAUUGCAUAUGUUAACAGGUAAAUCCUUAGACAACAAGAAAACACUUCGGAUACUAUGUCUAAAUUUUGUGGCCACUAUAGCUAAACUAUGCCAAAGAAAGGGAUAUACUAUCGCUAUUUUACCACAUCUGUUUACCAUCAUACGAUUGGAAUCGAAGUUAUUACAGCUGUUACAGAGUGAUCACUCCGCUAAAUUCAAAUUAUCGCAGGUUUUCCCGGGAUGUUUCCUGGAGUUUACAUUAGGACUCGUGAUAUACAAUGAUGAAUGGGAAAUCGAUGCUGUAUUUGAUAUAUUGUCUAACUAUGUAAACACACCGGAGAUAGUAUACCAUUGCUAUGUUGCAUUGCAAAAUAUACAAGAAAGCUUGGAAAGCGAUCAAGCUGAAAUAUAUAAACAUGACAAUGUAACGGAUGUUGUAGCGCUUGAACGGUUGACGGAGUUGGUAUUACGUCUACCUAAACCUGAGUUGACAUACCAAAAGAAAAAAGAGGAUGCACGUAAAGCAAAGGCUAGUACAAUUAAAUCGGUAAUUAAUUAUGAUUCCGAUUCAGGCUCUAGUAUUGAAUAUAGUGAAUCAUCAGAGAACAGUGAAUCUGAAAGUAGUGAUGAAACUGCUGAUGAUGAGAGUGAUGAAUCGUAUAGUGACAUCGAUGUUAACGGGGAUGAGAAUCUUAACCACGAAUCUUUGAAAGCAUAUUCUUCGAUGUGGCAAGGAAUCAUAUUAUGUGAUAUCGCAAUGAAUAAAGAUAUAACCGCCAAAAUAUUAAACCGAAUGCCAGCAGAUAUAUUGCCAUACACCAGAAGUCCAUUGAUAUAUGCCAAUUGGCUGAUAGAUCAUCUUAACUCGAAGGAUAAUCUACUCAGCAUGCUAAGCCUUAAAGGCAUAUUUGACCUUGUUCUUAAUCACGGACUAGGAGAAGUUGAAGAAUUGAAUAAUAACAUGGAUGGAAAGCAAGUGUCUUCAAGCAUCUACGAAAGGAUAUACAUGUAUUUGUCUGACAAUAUCAUUGCAUCCGAAUAUGGUAGAGAUUUCCUGCAAUUCGUCAACUUGGCAUUAAAAAGCGUUAAACUUCCAUCGCAAUUGACAGCACGCUUUAUCAAGAAACUGGUACGCACAGCGUGCUUCACAGAGUGCUUCGAAGCCACUAUACUGCUAACUAUCGCUGUUAACCUACUCAAGGUGCAUAGUCAUACCUGCCUAGGGGUUAUACACCAAGAUGAUGUGGCCAAUAUACAACAAACUAUAGAUAAAACAAGUAUGGAAUCACUCAUGGAAACAAGCGACAAAAAUGAAACUGAACAAGAACAAAUAUAUAUAUGGGAAUUGCCGCUAAUGAUAAACCACUUUAAUGAAAGAACUGCCAUCAUGGCAAGCACAUUCUACUCAGACCUCAAGAAAAAAAGAGCUGUUGUACUCAAACCAGAAGAUAUCAUCGAUUGCGAUAGCAUAGAACACCUGAGACUAGAAAUUAAAAAGGCACGCAGAGAAGAAAAAACUACAUUCAGAAGUACAUUGCAACAAACUACACAACUUGCUAAACAACUGUUUGCCUAAUGAUUAAGUUGCCAUUGGCCGUGUCAUUCAGUAAUGAUGUCUAUAGUGAUACCAUCGUCAGGUGGUACUUGA